UCUGCUCAUUUCACUCAGCAUCAGUUCAUAACUUCUGUGGCAAUGUCUACUCGGGAGGCUAAAUUAUCACCAGUUAUUCCUGUUAUAAAACAUUCUUCCUUGGUAUGUAGAAUGAGACACAGUGACAGUGACUUAGAGCCUUUAAUCCUGAGCAGUGAUGAUGAUUUAGAAACUGAUGACUACCAGGAGGGAUAUCUUCUUCAUCGAGCAUUUGAGUACUUCCAGAAUGUGCACAAAAAAGGAGAAGUCAUGGAGAAACACUUGCAGAAUGUGGAAGAUAUCGCUUGGAAGUCUGGGUUAGCACCUGAAAGCAUUGACAUGCUGUUAGAUGUGGCACUGAAUGGCCCGUUUGCUGACGCGGUAAAAGCUCGGAUGUUGAAGUGCCUCAUUCCAACAACUAUCAUACAUGAAAGUGCUGUGGUUAAAGCUUUCUCCAAGCUUUGUGCUACCAGUUGUUCUAAUAACACAAAGGUUGUCUUUAUUCGAUGGUUGAUCGCAAUGUUUGACUUCAUUGAUCAUAAGGAAGAAAUGAAUGCUCUCUAUGGCUUCAUUUUUUCCUUCCUCCAAGACGAAAGUAUGGGUACUUACAUCAGUAACUUAUUGUAUCUGCUGACCAGGAAGGAGAACGUCAAACCCUUUCGUGUGAGGAAAUUACUUGAACUCCAGUCCAGGAUGGGGAUGCAGCCUUAUCUCCAGGCCCUGUUGUCCUUGUAUAAAUCCUAUUGUCCCAACUUGAUUACCAUUACUUUGCCUCCAAGAAGGAAGUUUUACUAUAAGUCCUCAGAUAAUAUCUGGCAGGCAGCCGUCUUUAUUGUGAAGCAAAGACAUCAGUCAUCCCCAUUAUUGUCUGUGAAACCAAGUAUUGACGUUGCUGAUCACCAGCCUCAAAGAAAGAAAUGGAAUUCUGGCUGCUUUAUACCAAAGCCCACCAGCAGACCGCUCUUUGAUGAAGAGCAGGAUGAGGAAGCCGGCCUGGGAAUGAUGCGCAGUGCUCAGAAUUGCAUCCCCAUAGAGCAGCUCCACACGUUCUCACAGCUCUUGGAGAAUAUCCAGUACAUACAGCUUCCAUCCCAGAUGUGCUCAGUGCUCAGAAGCACUCCGCUGUUACACUAUCUGAACUGCCUCCAAGAUGAGACUGUCUGGGUGCGGCUUUAUUACUGGAUGAUUCAAGAGUUAAAAGAAGGAUGCGCAUGGUACAAAGUCAGUCAUUGCACAUCUGAAGAAGAGUUCAAGAACUUUCUGGACAUUAUCAUCAGCGCACAGUGUUUCUUACAGGAGGGCUUUCCUUCCAGCGAAAUGUUCCUGUAUAAGAGCCUUCCUUUGUGGGAUGGCAUCUCUUGCCGGACAGAAUACCUGCAGCUUCUCAGUUGGAUUCCCCUGGGGAAAUUCUCUGAAAUCAAGCCACUUCUCUAUAAAUCCUUGGCUCCGAUCUUCUUUACGUCAUCCCUUUAUCAUAAGUGCAGUGUUCUUUAUAGCCUGAAAAAACUGGUGCAGAACUGGCUGUUAUGGCAUACUUCAGAGGUCAACAAGAAUCCCACACACGGCACUUGUCUGGACAUUACCAUUAUUGCCCUGAACUCUGUGUCUGAGCUGAUCUACUAUGUGGGAUGGCUGUCCACGAUUGCCCUGCGCUUGGAGGAUUACAAUAGUUUCUUGUUACACUUUAUUUUGGAUUUCUUUGAGACAGUAUCUGACAUGUAUCUCAAUUACGGCCUUCCAUUAGUGGUGAUGUUUCCACCUGGGGUCUUCUAUCCAGCACUAAUCACCUCAGAUACCAUCACCCUGAACCAUCUCUGUUAUAUCAUGUACAGGUAUCGUGUCAACUUGACUGCUGCCAAGGAAAAUGAAUUGCUGCACCAGGAAGCGAAGGAAAGACUGAAGUUCAACAAAGCAUACCAAGAGUUUAAUGAUUAUGUGACCUCCUUGGUGGACUGCCUCUGGACAUCCACAUCCUUGGACAAAGGCCACUAUCUUUACAUAGAGCCUGAGAUCCUAGAAAAAACGAAAAUAAAGGAAAUUAAGAAGAGUUUAAAUCUAAUUAAUCAUCCAGCCUUACAGCCUUAUUCCGUCUACUUUCUGCUUCAGGGAUGGCCAUCAGAAAAUGAAUUUUCUUUGAAUUUCAUUCAGAAAAAGAAAUGGAACUGGUAUUUGGACUAUCUCCUUUUGGAAAAUCUGCACGGCCUUCACCUUUUCAUGCAGAGCAGCCUCAAUGUUGCUGACAAUCCCCCAGCACCCAUCACCCAGCCUGAUGACAAGCUGUCAGAGACUAGCAUUUCAGAAUCAUUUUGAGCUUAGGACAAGUGAAGCUUACCAAGUAGCCUUCCUUGAUGGCAAAACAUUGCCAUGCCUCAAUUCGAUUUUCUCUUAUUGGAUUUCUAACAGAUUACCGUCGACAAGAAUAGGAAAAGAGUGCUUAAGAGAGCCUUCAGUGACUGAGAAAGGAUUUGGGAUAGAUGACUUUUUUUUAAUCAAGAGUUUAUUCUUCACUUCCUUAGUGAAACUAUUUUAAUGACUAGUAGGCAUUUAAUUCUCCCCCUCCCCCAAGUCUCUGUCUCUGUCCCCCUCCCCCCCAGCCAGUCGCUCCCAUUUGCUUCCCUCCAGACUAUAUAUAGUGAGGUUUCUGUUAUGUGGUGGACUUUUAAAGAUGUUUUUGUAUAAUGAAUUACGUAUAAGUUGCAUUUCUGAAGGAGAGCUUAGUACAGAUAAUGGGAAGCAUCAUUGAAUCGGCUAACAUUGACACGUAACUCGGCCACAGUGAGACAUGGCCGAGAGUGAGCCUCGUCCCUGAUACGAGGCUCCAGCACGCUGCUGAAUAUAAGAGGCAGUGGUGGCAGCGGCAGUAGCCACUUGGACCCUCGAUAUGGAGCAGGGAGGAGGCCAUGUGGAUAACCCGAUCAAGAUUAUCCAUCAGGGACUUUCUGCUUCAAGCUGUCUGACUUCCUAGAAGUCUCAAGAACCAGCAUACUGUGCACAGUGCCAGGAUUUAAGUGCAGAGGCAAUUAGACUAACCAUUUACUUUUCAGACUGAUUCUCUUGAAGGUUUUCUUUUUUUCGCACUGAUCUGUUCAAAACAGCUUCAGUAUUAUACAAAAAGAACGUGUUUAUCAGAUUUUGCUGAGUAGUGUUCCCCUUUUACUACCAUUCAAAUCUUGGGGGGGAAAACUCGUUGAGUUUGUUUUUGUGCCUUUGCGGGUACAUGGUCUCUUGGUAUCUUAAAAAAAAGGAAACAAAGUUUUCCUAGUCAUUUUUAAAGAUUGUGUGUAUAUAUGAGAAGUAUGAUAGCUCUAGCUCCAAUCCAGAAUCUUUCUCACUUGUUUUUUACUUUACUUUUUAAACAGAACUUACUGGCUUUUCAGAGCCUGAUGCCUCUCUCCCCAAGAUCUCCAUGCCAGUCCCUCAUUUGUAAGAAGGGAUUUGAUGAUCCCUCAAAUGGGAACAACUUCCGAUUUGGGCCAUACGACAUUUAUCAGUGGUUGAUUUCAGUGCAGAUUACUUAUCAAGCCUUGCCAUUAAAGAAACCUUUCCUUCUCCAAAAGGAAUAUUCGAGGACUUUCCUCCUGAGGGUCAGCAUUGUGUUGACUGGACCAUUCUCUGAGCACCGAGUUCUCCACCCACAGUCCCCUUGACCAGAGGUAGAUUUGGACAACUUACAUAAAAGUCUGACAUCUUGAAAUAAUGGAUUGGGCUGUGCAUGAUGAGCCAGAUCUGGCUGCUUGAAUAUGCUCUUAUUGAAAAACUUACUAUAAAAGAAAGCAGACUUAGAGUGACGUGUGUGGAAUUGGCUAGACCAAGAUUGAGGUAGUACUUAGUUGAGUGGCAUGUCCUUCACUUCUCACACUAGAAGGAACAUCACCAAAAAUGAUUCCUACACCUCAGGAAGAGAAGUUGGCUUGUGAGUGUUUUCGCUCUACUGUGCUGUGAAGAACAAAAGCUAGACAGCGCAGUUAGAUGCCUGCCACCUUUUCAAAGUGCUUGAAGAAAUGCUUUUAGAACUGUGCCAAGGGAAUAGAGCUCAGAAUUUGAUGAAAUGACAACAGCUGACAAGAUAAAGAACAACAGAAAGAG